AUGGAAUUUUCUGGAUUGAAGAAUUUGAGUACUCUUGUGUUGGAUGCAGUUUUUGUGAAGCAGAAUCUACUUCAGGGUCUGUUUUCAAAUUGUAUCCAUCUUGUAGACUUCACUCUCGAUAAAUGUGCCUUCGGUUCCGACUUGCAAAUAAUCAGUUCGACAUUGUUUCAUUUGAAAAUAAUUGAUUGUGCCUAUAACUACAACUGUUUCUCUCCUUGUAAGAUAUAUAUUGAUGCAUCGGAUCUCUCAUCCUUUGAAUACAGUGGUCAAAGGACGAGGCUAUUAUUUUUUGAAGUGCCAAGCUUAUUGAAAGUCUUUUACAAUGCAGCUGUAAGAAGGAAUCAUGGACAUUACUUCGGUCCAAUUCGAAGAUUACAUCAAGUUGACAAUCUAGUUAUGAUCACAAGUCAUUCACAGAUAGCAAAAUUAAAGAAGGACUUGGGUCAAUUUCAAAAUCUCAAACAAUUGGAGUUAUUUAUUGACGAAGCAAAUGAUCCUAAUAUGGGAUACUAUUCGAUUUUAGAUGUUUUAAUGGCCUAUCAACAUCUUGAAAAACUUUCUUUGACGCUAUAG